AGUAAGACGGCUUGGACGCGGCCAUUUAAUUUUCAUCUUGCAUCUAAAUAGAUAUUAGUUCUUAAAUUGUUGUUAUAUUUGUAAAGAACAUACGUAAAGUUUGAUAAGUAUAUGGUUAUACGAUGUCGAAGACUAAGUCCAGGAAAGAUACCACGAUAGAGGAGAUGGAGGAACUCAUGAGCCAGCCUGAUGCGGAUGAAGGGCAAUUCGCGGCAUACUUGCAGCGCAAGCUCGCGCAGAAACAGCGUCCAAUGAACAACGACCUCCUCUUCGGCAACGUCUCAUUCGACUUUGACUUUGAUGUGAAGCUGACCAAGAAGCAAGAGCCAGCCGUCACAAGCGAGAACAAUCCAAAUGCUGUCGCCUCAGGAGAGACCAAUGAACCGACUGCUCAACCCCCGGCCGUACAGAACAAUAGACCGACACCUUUACCGGCUGCCACAAACUCUCCGAAUUCGUCGCCUAAUCGCAUUCGCAGCAGAAAUGUUCCUGGCUCCGACAAGCUUCGGCGCCGGGCUAUUCGGCGGCUAUCACAAAGCUGUGGACGCCAAUUGAUUAAGGAAUUUGAGGAGAUCAAUGUAACUCGAAGCUCCUCCAGUCCUGGAACCUUUAAGCCCACAGUUAGUAGCACUCCGUGUGCAGGCCAACAAUCGAAGGAUAUUCAGGAAAAAGAAAUAGAGGAGAAUCUUCAAAUGAAGAAAUCGCAAGAGCCAGAAGCGGAGAAGCCCGCAGAGAAGUCACUGGUCCAGAUAGACCCAAAGAAGUGUCUCACAGCAUUGGACUCUAGAACUGUUGACAUGGCUGCCGAGGCGUCACUAUUGUAUCGGGAGCGGCUGAGUUCCUUUCAAAACAACAUUUUGCAACUUGAUUGUACCGGACAGGCGCCGUCAUCAAAUGGUGGGGGUUGUACAUACACCAUUGAAAAGGGUCCAGCUCCCGGGCAGUUGCUGCUCUCACCUUCCCGGCGCAGUUCAAGCUGCACAGCUGCUCAAAAGCGGUUGAUGCCGGUCGUGAAGGUAAAACGGCACAGAGAAGAACUUCUGGUACCAGAUACUCCACCCCGGACUCAUACUAAGGAAGCCGUACCGGAGCAGGAAUUUGUUGUGCCGGACACACAGUUCCAGGAUCUGGGCGAGCUGGUACAGAAUCUAUCUCGAAAUGCAAGUGGUCCAAUAGUGGUGAUAAACACUGCCAACUCGAAAUCAGUUGUUGAUUUGGCGCAUGCACAGCCUGUUUCUAUGGUAGCGUCUGCCCCACCGGCGUUAACUCCUCUUCAUCGCGCAUCGACUGAGGUACAUUCUGCUUCGUUGCAGCCAGCUGCUGCAAGUUAUAAUUUUUCGCCUGCGGUAGUGUCUGCUUCCCCAGCUAAGCCUCAGGAAUCUCCAAAAUCAAGUCGUAAAAGCACGCUGGUCGUAAACAAUUUAGACGCCAUAAUGACUGACGACGACAGCGAUGAGCAGCCUAGCACUGUGGCCAUGAAUCUGGUUGCUCAGCGUGGAGAUGACAGAAGACAGCAGCGAUGCCUACGCAAUCUUAACAACCGGCCACCUACACCGGAUCCGGAUAAGGAGAAUUUCGUUCAUCUGCUGAACCUCCAUCAAUCAAUCAAGGCCAAGAAGUUAAAACAGAAGGCUAAGCCGGCGACGGUGCCCUUAAACAAGGCGCCUUGUGCCCCGAUAAAUGGCGAGCAGUUCGCCCAGGAGCUGGCCCGGAUGAGCAACUACGAAAUUUUAGAUUUACGUAAGCGAAACUCACUAGGCAAGGCGAGUCUAAUAAACGGUCACAAAAAGAGCAGUACUAUGCAACAAUUGGAUCUGGAGCGAAGCAUUCAACUUGAGCUAAUACGGAGGAAUUUGAAGAUCAAUGGAGAUAGAUUAACCAGUACCACCACCGCGGUUGACGAGUUGCCAGAGAGCACGGACAUUUGCCCUCCACCUGGCACCAGCUCUGACAGAUAUAAAAAUCAAAGUCCGGAAAAGGUCGACAAAUCAGAAGCCAAUGCAGUGUUGCCGCAACCCCCUCAACUAAACUUUAAGAGCACAACAAAAUACACAGAGCCAUCACGUAGCUCCAGACGACAGCAUUCCCAAAUGUCCCAGGAAUGGUCAGAUGACUGCGGAGUGCUUCCUCCGUUGGUUCCGUGUAAUUUUGAUGACUCAAGAAAGCGGCUGCAGCGACCUAGGCGCUCCAAGCGUUGUUAUUCUCGGGAUCUAUCCGACGAAUCGUCAGAUGAAAAUGAAGCUCCGCCGGUGCCACGUAACUUCCAGGAUUCAAGAAAGCAGACAAAGCACUCCUUGCCCACUAAUCGACGAAGUCGACGUAUGUCCGAAAAAACGAAAGAUGACACUAGCUGCAUUCCUCCGCCGGCACCCAGUGCCUUUAAGAACAGAAGAUCUUCUCGAUCCAGACUUCGGAGUUCUCAAGGAUCGUCAGAUGAAAAUGAACAACCACCGGUGCCGUCUGAUUUCCAGGAUUCAAGGAAGCUGACAAAGCACUCUUUACCCUCCAAUCGAAUGGACCGUCAAAUAUCCGAAAAACCGGAAGAUGACCCUAGCUUCAUUCCUCCGCCUGCUCCCAAUGCUUUCAAGGACAGAAGAUCAUCUCGGUCCAGACUCCAGAGGUCUCAAGAAUCAAAGGAACUAACCAACUAUCUGAUGAUCUCAAAAACAAUGGAGAUGCGGCGUUCUUCGAAGCGUUCAACUAAGCGCAAACUCUACACAAAGGGAGACUCAAAUGCUGAAGUUUCUGAUUUUGAAUCACCUAAAAAACAAAAAAGAUAUAGUCGCAGUUAUAUUCACAGCGAAGUACAUAACGAAGGGGAUAGCAUUGCCAUUGUUCCACCGCCGCCUAGCUCUCUUCGCUACUCCCAAUCCCUACGUGAUUUGAGGCAGAUGAAUGACAUUGAUUCGGAGAAUGCACCGAUCGAUAACGAAAUUUCCACCAUUGAGAUUGCUCCACCGCCGCCAGAGAGUUUUGGACUAAUUCGGGUGAACGCUUCACUUAGAGAAGAGAGCAAUGAGGAUGAAAUUUUUCCCCCUCAAACGGAGUCCGACGGCACUGUGGAACACGCUCUUCCACCCCCAACUGAAUACAAUGAACCUAAAUUGGUUGAAAACGAAACAGUUCAAAGUCGUGCACCAGUCAACGGAAGUAGAUUACCAUCACCGAAAGGAAUCAUUGCUAAUGCUUCUAAAACAUCACAAGAACCUGGGCUUCAGUGUGUUUCUAGUUCCCAAGAUAAGUCGAUUUCCAGACUAGAUAUUGUGACUGAUAAUGAGCAACCAAGCACGAGUCUAGCGGCACACAAGGCGAGGGAACUUUGUGCUCAAAAAGAUAAAGCCGACCCCCAAGUAGAUGAUGAUACAAUUUUCAAAAAACCUCAAAAGCCUGCACCACGUGUAAAAUCGAGGGGUAAGACCAAGGAGCUUGACAAGUUGAUGCAUUCCGUAAUCUAUAGAAAGACGUCUCUGGAUGAUGGCUCAAUUUCUUCUGAAGGCUUGCGGCGUUCCAAGCGUGGUCAAGUCCCAAUCAAAAACACUUGGUGUCAUACCCAGGACAUAAUGGAUAUGCCCUUCAUGGGUGCCAAAUCCCUAAUUCAAAAGCCAAAGAACAAGUCUACUUCCACGCUCAAGUCGGUUGGAAAAAAGAAGUCAACUGCUGCAACAAAAAAAAUAAUCAAUCCACUGUCGGACAGAGGUCCAGUAUGCAGUAGCACUCCUCGAAAUCCCGAUGUAAUAGUGGAGCCAUUCCCAGACUCGGCUUUCCUUGGACAGCACUCUGCAAUAUCGUCGAGAGAUCCCUCCUCCGAAACGGAUACUCACUCUCAUAACAAAUUUGGGCCCGUCAUAUUAGAAGAUCAGACAACUAGCAAUAACGGAAACAAUCGGUUUAGAAACUGGCUGCUGGGCGUCAGCAGCGUUCAACCUUCUGAAACGAAUGACCAAGGCAAAGCAGCAUCUCUUGUUGAAGACAUGAGAUUUACCGAAUUGGAUGGCAUAGACUAUGCUUUCUAUGAUACAAAGGAAACGGCUGCUUUGGGCUAUAUGCGUUUUAAGCCGCAUCAGGUUCGAAAUAAAAAGAAGGUCAAGGCAUGUCCUCUGAAAUUCGUUGUGCAGAUUGGAGAGUUUGCCGUGCAGUACGGAGCCAUUGACGGAGAGGAGGAGGAAAGCUGUAUAUUACGUGAAGGUGAUAUGAUUGAGAUCGAUAAGGGCAGUCGAUAUUCUAUACAAAAUAUUUUGGACGCUAUAGGAGUUCUUUUGGUCAUACGCAGUUAGAUUUGAUUUUUAUUAAUAUUGUAAUAAUAUAAUUAAUUAAUCUUAAAUGUGUGAUCUAUGGCCGGGAGAGAAGAAAAAUUGUAUAUAUCGGAAAUGUUAUUUGGUUAAGAAUGAUAGAGGUAAGCACUGCCACGGUAAUAGCGUCAAGAAACAAUUAAUAUUAAUUAAUUUUUUAUAUAUAUGCAUAUAUGUACAUAGGUGUCCUCUUGGUGAUACGUUAUACGCCGAAAAAUCUCUAUUUCUUUUAAUAUUCUACUAAGUAUCCUGAAUAUAUAUGUGUUCUUUUGGUCAUACGCAGUUUUAAUUUCUGUUAAUAUAAAUGCCUAAUAAUAUU